AUGGCUGGAUCGCUCUCGCCGCGCGUGUUCCUCGCCUUUGACGAUAUCUCCCGUGCUGGCAAGCACGUCCUGGUCGGUUGUGCUAAGUUUGCCAGCACAGACGCUGUGCCUGUGCCGCGCUCGGAUUUAGAAACGCUUUUUCCCAUAGAAAUCUGCCAAUUUCUUCGGUUGUACCAGUACCCACACGACCAAGCGACAAUUAUUACAGUGGACACGGCGAAGUUACAGGCGAACGAGCAAUGGGAAGUAGCAGAUGCACUGGUGUCUGCCUUCAGUCGAGCGAACGUUGAGACGCUGACGGUCGUGGCAGCAGCGCACUUGCCCUACGCAAAAGACGGCGGUCUGAACGUGUUUUACCGCAACGUGAACGUCGAGACCGCUGGAGAAGACGUGGCGGCUGUGCUGCCAGCUGCUGAUCCGGCGUGGGAGAUCAAGGACCCGUGGCUGGCUGCGCUACUGCAGUGGAUUCGCGUCGAGCAGUGGCCACGCACGCACGUGCUGCUGGCCAAGGGGCACAAGCCUGGUCGAGACUUGGCUGGGACGUACGAGGCCGUUGAGGCGUUGAGUCGGGCGUUGCCGCUUUUUGCAAAGGACAUGACAGUUGACGACACGCUGCAAGUGCAGCAACGGUUAGCUCGAGUGCUGACGACGGAGAACUCGACAACAACAACAACGACGGCGUUGACAGCGAAGGACGAGCACAUUGCGUUGCUGUAUCGAUAG